AGGAAAUGCGUCGGUUACAAAAACAGCAUCGGCGACUGAGAGAGACGUCAGCAUAUCUAAUUAUUGCAAUUUUGUAAAUGGCAAAUUGUGAGACAGCAUUGUUCAUCGAUUCGUCUGUUUCGAAUUGCCGUUUUUACCAUCGUCCGAAUUCAAAUGCAAAUAUGACCUGUAAUCAUAGAUCAAUAAAAAAUUAUGAUCGUAACUUUGUGGAAUUUUGGCAUGAAUACUUUCAGUCGACCGGCGCAGCUGUUCGAGAAAUAUCAAUCAAAUAUUUUCUGUCAUCGAAGGAACUAUUGAUUUUGUGCGAUUUAUCAAAAUGCAAAUGCAAAGAUUUAAUACAAAAACUCUAUUCAAUCACGCCAUACACUUGUAAACUUUGCCAUAAAAUGUUUUCAACGAAGUCAUCAUUGAAUAACCAUCGAUUAGAACACAUUGAGCUGCAUGAAUGCGUCUUUUGCGAAAAACGUCUGGCCACCAAAAAAGCAUUAAAAGAUCAUUUGGAACUACACACCAAGGAGAACACAUGCAAGGCAUGUAACCAAAUAGUUCCCGCUGUGAAUGUUGAAAAGCACGAGAAAUGUAAAAAACACUUGAAAAAUGUUCAAAUGGGGCACAAACGUUCAAUUCAAAGUAAAUGAAGAAUCUUUGCUUUGAUUCUAUUUUAUCAAUAAAUUUAAGCGAUUUUAAUAAUAAAUUUAAACAAUUUUACCAAUGAAUUGUAAAAAGAUGAAUAAAAAGAAUUAAAGAAAAAAAACGACAUCAACUUGAUGUUGAGAUUGAUUUGAAGCA